AUGAUAAGACUGUCAAACGGGGCCAACAUAUACAACAGGGGGUCCUCGUCCAUAAAUACGCAAGCGCAAUUAUCAAAUCUACCCGGGCCACUGCCCCAGUCACAAUCACGGUCACGGUCACGAUCAAGACCAAGACUACCAACCUCUACCCCAUCUGCAACAACAAUUUCGAUUGCAUCAACAACGAUUACUUUCCCCGAGUCUUCCAACCGAGACUACUUGGAUGACGAACUUUCAUCUAUCUUGAUUAAUAGUGACCCUCUGGAAUGCAAUGAGACUUUUUCCAUUUUCCUAAAAUGCAUCAUCGAUAACAUCUACGUCGAUACCGACAACACGCCAACAUACCAGGACCUCAGUUUGUAUGCGCUAAGAUUGUUGGUGCUGAAUAUGUUUCUGAGAAACUAUAAAUACUGUGUUGGGAAGAUAUUGGCACUUUUGGAGACUUUUGCAGCAAUCACAGAAGGAAGAUUGGCUCUGUCUAAUAUUGGCAUCAACACUAUUUCCUCUUUGACAACAGCAGGAACCGAACAUGAUAAUGAUAACUAUAAUGAUAAGGAUAAUGAUAAGGAUAAAGUAAGGUAUGAAAGCGAGUGCUUGAAGGAAUUCUUGUGCAUCACAUUGCUCUUGCUUUUGAAAAUAAAGAAUAGUACAAAUGAAAAGGAUAUUGCAGAUAAUGCUAGUGGACUGAGUGGUGCUUCGUCUACUAGUACUGAUACGUUGGAUAUUAUUAGCAUAGAGGAAGUAUUUACCACGCUUCAGCAAGGCAAUUUUUUCUCCAUUUUAUGCUACUUUAUAACAGUACAAAUUAAAGCAGUUGAGCAAAAGCAAUCAUCGUUUGUGAUUUUAAAGUUUGGAUGCGAUUUAAUGUUUGAGUAUUUGUAUUACAUGGAAAUUCUUUCGUCAAAGGAACUUUUGCUCCUCGCAAAGAGCGAUAACAAGUUGGUGGGAACUACUAUAAAACAUUUACUUUCGUCUGAGCUGUUUAAUGCUUAUGACUUGGAUAGUGAUGAUGAAUUCCACGAUGAGAGCCGACUUAUUGCUUAUGAAGAAAUGAAACUCUUGCUACUUAUCAACGAGCAGUUUUUGAUGAGUUCAUACUCCACUAACUCAGCGAAUACCAAUAAAGUAUUUGAAGAGCUAAUCCAUAAUCAUCAAGAUGCAAAGUCGAACGUCAACAAUAUUGUUGGGUUCAUCAAUCUCUUGAUUUUUCAUUUGAAUCGAGAAGAGUCGCAAAUAAUCAAACUUUUAAUACUCAAAUUCUUGUAUUUGGUGUUCACCACUUCCAUGACUGCAAAGUUGAUAUAUCGAAAUGAUUUGAAGAUUUUGGUUGACAUAUUUAUUCGUGAGUUGGAUAAUCUUAUGGAGAAGGAUACGAUUCUAAUUUUGACAUACCUUCGAGUCCUUUAUCCAAUUCUAAUGUUUUCAGAGCUAAACGAGUGCGGCAAUUACAAAAGUGCAGAUUUAGUAAAUGUAUUGGGCUACAUCAUCACAAACUCUGAAUUGAAGCGCGAACGAAGUGAACAUACCUUGAUGCUGGACUUGGCCACAAAAUGUAUGAACAUAAAGUGGUUGAAAAAGUCAGCAUUGCAAUGUGAAAGAAAAGUGGAAUUACAAAGAAAUCCGUCUCCGUCUGAUGUACGCCCCAACUCUAGUAGCGGUUCUUCGGAAAGCAAUUCGCCUGAAUCUGAACAGCCACCUGCAUUACCACUCUUUACGCGAGUUGCCUCAAUGCGAACGUCAAUGAGAUCUGAUUAUCAUAAGCAUACAACGACGCAUAAUAUCCUUGAAAGAAAGAAUAGUGAAAAGAAAUCAAAGCCAACAUCACAAACUACUUCCCCAAAUCUAUUUGAAGAAAAUAACAACAACGUGUUUCUCGCCCAAUUUUCAAAACAUGCAAAUAUUACAACAAAUGAGACUUUUCCUUUUGAAGAGUCUCCACUAUCAGCAAAAGAUAAAGAUGAAGAUACGGGGCCAACCACAGAUCAGGACCAUAACCAAGACCAUGACUAUGAUCAAAAGUGUCAUGACACAAACAUUUUGGAUUUACCCAAUGAAUAUCUUACAUCCAAGCCAUUACCCAAAUUGCCCGUGCCGCAAAAGCUUCGUCAUCAACUUUACAAGCUAGAUGGUUCUGCUACGUCUUCUUCUAGCUCGAUAAAUUCAGACUCGUCUAUAAAACGAAAAGCUUUAAAAAAGAAGGCUCCACCCCCACCACCUCCUCCUCCAAGAAGAUCCAAAUAA